CAGAGGUGGGAAUGUUUCCAUGUUCUGCAUGUUUCCUAUCUUUGAAGAAACUCCUGAUGUUUAUUGGCGGAGACGGGGUGAGGAAUCGUUUCUGAAGCCAGACAGCAGAAAGCGAAUCAAUACAAACAAGGGAACAAGUUCUUUUAAGAUCCUAAACGCCAGUUUUGCUGACGCCGGAGUGUAUUUCUGUGAGGUAAAGCACCGGCGAAGGUGGAUUGACGAUGGAGGUGGCACACAGCUGACUGUUUACGUGUCGCCGUUGCCACUGAAGCUCAUUCAAGUUGAAGGGAUUUCCGCCGAUUCCUUGAAACUCGUGUGUAAAACCGCUGCCUGCUACCCGGAGUCUGUCGGUAUCACCUGGCGAAGAGAUGGUGUCGAAAAUCUGACCAGUAUACAAACCGUGAAGACGACAGCAGAUGGACUUUAUGAGGUUUCCAGCUCUUUGGAAGAAGCGCAUCCCGUCAGGAGCGGAGUGGUUUAUACUUGUCUGGUGUCACAUGUUUCCCUUCCUGUACCCGCCAGUGUCAACUACACCGUCAAUCCAGAUAAAGUUGCCAAUCACUCUCUAGCGUUUGGAUGGACAUUCGGCGUGUUGGCAAUUUUACUUUUGAUAUUCGUUUUGACAAGACUCAAGUUAAAGGCAUCAGCUGGCAUUUCGGCGGAAGUGAAUCAAGAUGAAAAGCAGACUGAACAAAGAGAUGAAGAUAACAUUGUAUCUUAUGCAGUAUUACAGCUUGCUAAUUUUAAGAAAGCGCCAAAACCUGAACAGCAAAACAACCAUACAGUAUACUCAGAAGUAAAAGUGGAAAACAAAGAGAAAAGCAGAGAACCCAAAUAAAAUCUGAAGAUGUGAGCUAUUUGAAAGGUACAGGUGUCAGAUAUUUGAUUAUACAUUAAAAAAACAUCACUCACACACUUUACUGCGGCUACUGGAAAGACAACAGGCUGGAACAUCACAAGCAUUAUAUGUGGAUGUUGAGUAGUGACAGCAAAGUUAAAUAUCACUUUCAAUAUUGGGGCAGUAAACUGGCAGAAUAUGCUGAAAGUCAGUACAGCUACCUACAGAUAAAGAUACUGGAUUGCAGGAUCACAGGCUGGACAUUGGCACAUCUGCAGAUGAAACUGCUUGCUCAUUAACUUCAAAUGCUUAUGUAUGGUAACACUCCUUUAUUUACAUCUGUACAUUGUACAUUCUCAAAUACAGCUCUCUGGUACAAUGUCAAAGAUCUGUUCACAUGUCCAUUUGAUACUGGUGA